GCCGGCGAUAAACAAAGCCAAAAAAGACGCCAAAAUAGUUAGUCCCGACGCUAGGAUAUCAUUGGAGCGUUUUUUUUUUUAACCAUCGCCCAGUGACUGAAGAAUAUUAAAGCUGAUCAUGGGCAAUUUGCGGAACUGCUAAUUUUUGUGUACAACCUGUGGGUUUUCUUGCAAACACAAGCUACAGGAACCUGCCCCGGUGCCUCUCAGGAUGCCGAAGAGGAAGCGCCUGAGCAGCAGCCACGACGACGACGAGGAGUCUGUGACAUCAGAGUCGAGCUCGGCGGCCCCCAGCGCGGCCGGCAUCGGCACCCGCAAACGGCGCCGCUGUGGCACCGUCUCGCAGGAGCAGCUGAAGCAGCUACUGGAGGCCGUCCUGAACCACAAGCGGGCCGAUGGGUCGUUUGUGUCCGAGACGUUCUACCGGCUGCCCAAGAGGCGACUCAACCCCGACUACUUUGAGACGGUUCAGAAUCCGAUCGACUUUGCCAAGAUCCAGGUGAACCUGAACACGCACCAGUACGAUGAUCUCAGUCAGCUGGCGUCUGACAUUGAGCUGCUGGUGGAGAACGCCAAACAGUACUACCCGCGCUCCAGUCGGGAGUACACGGAUGCCGUGGCGCUGUGGAAUGCCUUCAACGAGCACCGCGCCGCCAUCGUGCCAGAAGAGGCACUCUCGGAAAAGAAAGACGACGAGAAGCCUGAGAAGAUCACACUGCGGAUCGGCAGAAUGCACCGCCGGGGCUCGGAGCCGACGCCGCUGACCGGUGACGAGGAGUCGGAGGCGGGCAGCUCGGCGGCGCCCCGCUCCGAGAGCAGCAACUGGACCCCAGGAGGCCACCCGCGCGACUUCGGACACCGCUCCACCAGCCGCUCCCGACGGAAGACCUCCGCUUCCUCGGUCCUCCUCAGCGCCGCGCUCAAAGCCAGUCCGCCGCCGUCGCCGCCGCCCGCCCUCUCGCCGCCGACAACUCUGUCUCUGCCGCCGUCGACGCCGUCGACGUUUGUGCUGGGCGCUGCCGACAGUCCGCCCAAACUGGAGAGGGAAAUGGGGACGGAGGACGUCGAGGUGGAAAUGUCGGAGCUGACGAGCGGGGAUAAUAGCUACAGCGGAGACCCGGAGAAUCCGGUGGGCCAGAAGGGUGAUGCUGAAAUCCCGUCCGAGGUGGAUGUUAGUGACAGAAGGGCUGGUAGUUUGUGCAUGGACGACAAGUAUGAGGACGAAGACCAUAUUCUCGGCUUGAGCUCGGAUUUUGACAUCGAGUCGGAGGGUUUGACCUUAAAUUCGACUAUUGAUAUCAAGAUGGAAAGUAUUGCACAAACACCGCCGAUUGAAGAGAAUGAAGUCCAGCAAGCUUCCACUAAAAAUUACAAAAGGGCGGUGACUGACCCGGCCGAGAGCCUCUCUCCGAAGGUAGAGACUGAAGGUGACAUGGACAUCGCGAACAACAAUAUCAAAGCUGAACGAACACGGAACAAAAACACCGAAAGCGCGCCUGGUGGCACGCCAAUGGAGGACGAGCCAUCGAGGGCUGGCCCAGACAGCAUGCUUCCUCCCCUUCCCUGCUCUUCUGAGCCUGGGCGGCCUGGCGCGGACUUAAAGCGGCCCACCGGCAGAAUCCUGUACGUGGUCCCGGGCUGGAUGUGUCGCGGCGAGUGCCGGCCUCCCGGCAGCUGGGCUCGCGGCAGGGACCGUUCCCGCGGCAGGGGCUGGUCCCGCGGCAGUAGCAGCCGCGGCAGAGGUCAGCCCCACGGCAGUAGCCGCGGCAGGGGACAACCCCCCUACAGUACGAGCAGCGGCAGGGGCCGGCCGAGGAAGUACCCGCUGGUCCCGUGCACCUGCGGCGGCUGCGGCGCAGGCCCGGAGGUCAGGGUGCUGCACGAAGUCCGCCGGCGCGGUCGGCGACCGUCCACGGUAGCCAGGGCCGCCCGACAGGCCGCCCUGGAGACCGCCGUCCUCAGUCCCAAAGAGCUGGAGGACGCCCUGGAGGAGCUGUUUACGGCCAUCGGCACGGCCACCGACCCGGAGGGCCGCCUGCUCUCCACCUGGUUCCAGCUGGUGCCGCACAGAACGGGCGAGGAGGCAGCUGCGGGUCCCAGUCUUGCCGCCUCGCCCAAACUGCCUGCGUGCCGGUCCGCGGCGGCGGGCUCUCCGCCGACUGACGGCGCCUCAAAGCUGCCGCAGUACUACGACGUCAUCAAGCAGCCGAUGGACCUGAAGAUGGUAGCGCAGCGUAUCCAGGCGUCCGAGUACAGCUCGCUGUCCGAGCUCGAGGCCGACCUGCAGCUGGUCUUCCGCAACGCCUGCACCUUCAACGAGCCCGGCAGCCAGAUCUACAAGGACGCCAAGGUGCUGCGCAAACUGGCGCAGACGCGGCGCGCGGAGAUCGAGCACGCCCGGCUGACGGCCGCCAAGUCCAGCGAGCGCAUCAGGUCGAAGCGCAUUGGCGGCACGGCGUGCCUCUCUGCCGAGCUGUCCCAGCUCACCUAUGACGAGGACGAGGAGCGCAGCAGCUCUGACAGCAACAUGAGCGAGGACAACCCGCUGUGGCAGCUGUUUGACGCCGUGCGCAGCCACACCACGCCCUCUGGUUUCCUGCUGAGUGAGCCGUUCCAGACCCUGCCCUCUCGUCGGCUCUAUCCGGACUACUACGAGGAGAUUAAAAACCCCAUCGCGCUCCGGCAGAUCAAGCGUAAAAUGAAGGACUCGCUGUACUCGGGUAUUCAGGAGAUGGAGGAUGACAUGAACCUGAUGUUCGAGAACGCCCGGCAGUAUAACCCGCCCGACUCCAAGCUCUACAAGGACUCGAUCCGGCUGCAGAAAGUGCUGCAGAAAAAGGUGGCGGAGAUGUCGGCAGACUUCGACGAGGGCGAGGAGGAGAACUCUGAGGAGGACUCGAUGCCCCUGCCGCCGGUGUCCACGCGCAAGGCCAGCCAGCGGCGCGACCACCCAGUGAAAGAGCGCUGCAAACAGCUGUACCGCACCAUCCGCGACUAUGUCAACGACGAGGGUCGCCAGCUGAGCACCGUGUUCACAGAGCUGCCGAGUAGGAAACUCUACCCGGACUACUACGAAAUCAUCGACAGUCCGAUCGACCUGGCGCGCAUCGAGUCCAAGAUCCGCGGCGACCAGUACGAGUCCGAGAGCGAGAUACUGCAGGACUUCAAGCUCAUGUUCAACAACUGCAGGCAGUACAACGAGGAGGGGUCCGUCAUCUACGACGACGCCAACGUGCUGGAGCGCGUGCUCAUGUCGCGUGUGCGCGAGCUGGGGCCGCUGCCCACACAGGACGGCGCGCGCCACAAGCCGCGUGUACUCAGCCGCGCCCAGCUGGUGGAGAAGAUGUGGACCCUGUUCAACACGAUCCGGGACCACAAGGACGCCACCGGCCGGCAGCUGUCGCUUAUCUUCGUCAAACUGCCCUCCAAACUGGAGUACCCGGACUAUUUUGAGGUGAUCAAGAACCCGAUUCAUCUGGAGCGGAUCUCUCAGAAGCUGAAGACGGGCACGUACAACACGCUGGACGAGAUGAUGGCUGACCUGGUGCUCAUGUUCGACAACGCCUGCAAGUACAACGAGCCCGACUCGCAGGUCUACAAGGACGCGCUCAACCUGCACCGCCUGGCGCUGCAGACCAAGCUGCAGCUCACAGAGGACGUCGAGGAGGUCCCCGACGUCAAGACGCAGAUCCAGGAGCUGCUGACGUCGCUGUUUAUCGCCACGUACAACCACCAGGACGCCGACGGACGCUGCUUCUCUGACUCUCUGGCAGAGCUGCCUGAACACGACGAGGUCGAGGGACAGAGCCGUGUGCGCGGCAUCUCGAUGGAGAUCAUCAAGCGCCGGCUGGACCGCGGCCUGUACACGCGGCUGGACGUCUUCCAGGAGGACGUGUUCGCCGUCCUGGACCGCGCGCGCCGCCUCAGCAAGCACGACUCGCAGACGUUCGAGGAUGCCUGCGAGAUGCAGAUGUUCUUCAUCUCGUAUCGUGACGAGCUGUGCCGGAGCGGCACACUGCUCUCGUCGCCAGCUCUAUCCUUCUCCCAGGACAACCUGAAGGAGCUCAUCGCCCAGCUCAAACCCGAGGUCAAAAACGAGGAGGACGAGAGUCAGGACGCCAAGCCGGCGCCGCAGGGGGACGCCAUGAGCUUCAACCAGAUCCAGUACUGCACCGGCGAGUUCGUCUACGUCGAGCCCAAGGACAAGGGCGUCGAAAAGCACAUCGUCAACAUCGAGCGCCUGUGGACCAACAACGAGGGCCAGCAGAUGAUGUACGGCUGCUGGUUCUUCCGGCCCGAGGAGACGUUCCACCUGCACACGCGCAAAUUCCUCGAGAAGGAGGUGUUCAAGUCGGAUCAGCACAUCGGCUGCCCGCUCAGCCAGAUCGUCGGCAAGUGCGCCGUCAUGUCUGUCAAGGACUACUUCCGACUGCAGCCGGAGGGGUACGCGGAGCAGGACGUGUACGUCUGCGAGUCACGCUACUCCAGCAAGUCCAAGACGUUCAAAAAGAUCAAGAUGUACCCGUUCUCUGCGCCGCCUGAGACUCUGCGCGAGCGGGAGGUCCCUCUCGAGCCGCGACGCGUCAUGUCCGUCUUCAAGAAGCGCGUGGAGAAACACAAAGAGGAGCUGGCGGAGCUGGAGGAGUGCGAGAUGAAGAUCCGCACGCGGGAGGUGCCGAACGUCGAGAUCGACAACCGGAGCGCGAUGGACGGCAACACGUACUACGAGCAGCUGAACACGGGCAUGCUGGUGCUGAAGACGGGUGACUGCGUGUACGUCAAGUCGGAGCACAGCAAGCAGGUCAUCGCGCAGGUGGACACCAUGUGGACCACGCCAGACGGCUCUCAGUACUUCCACGGUCCGACGUACAUGACGUCUGCCGAGAUCGCCUCCUCGGUGCAGCAGAUGUUUUACAAACAGGAGGUGUUCGUCUCACUGCUGGAGGACACACACCCCAUGGCGUUCGUCACCGGGAAGUGCUGCGUGCUCGACUACACCGACUACUGCUCUCGCCGUCCCACCGAGAUCCCUGAGGCGGACGUGUACGUCUGUGAGAACCUGUUUGACGAGUCCAAGCGUCAGAUCGUGCCGCGCGGCGGCGACCCCAAGCGCUACGUGCACUCGGAGGCCGUCCUGGAGGACGAGGUGUACCACUUCCGGCGGCUGCUGGUGCUGCGCAAACAGCCGCUGGCCACCAUCCAACAGGAGGCCUCCGAGCGCAUCAAGUCGCUCUUCGCUGAGGCCGUCGGGGUAUCCUCUCCGGCCGGCAGUAAGGUCGGGGACGAGGACUCCCUGGACGGCCCGCCAGCGUCGGUGGGGUCGGCCGAUAAUGCCUCAGUCGGCACACCAGUCAGCAGCUACAAAAAGAGUAAGCGUCUGAAGAUUCUGACGGGCUACAUCCUGUACUCUGCCGACAUCAGGAAGAAGAUCACCUCCAAUAACCCGUCGGCCAACUUUGGUGACAUCAGUCGGCUUGUGGGCACAGAGUGGAAGAACCUCUCGGCGGCCGAGAAGGCCUCCUACGAGGAGCGCGCGGCGCGCAUGAACGCCGACUCUGUGGCCAGUCUGCGAGUGGAGAUGGCGGACACGCCAAGCCGCGCCGUGCUGGGCGCCAGCCUGGUCGGGCCCGACGUGGUGUACGACUGCUGCUGGCUCGGCUGCGACUUCCAGUACGAGGACAUGAGCGAGCUGAUCGACCACUGCAACGCCGAGCCGGGCGGACACGUGCCCGUCUACGCCGCCACCGUCUCUGACGAGUACCAGUGCCAGUGGCGCGGCUGUAAUCGCAUCAAGAAGGGCUCCACGCCGUUCCCGAACGCCGGCCGGCUGAUGCGACACGUCAAGGAGGUGCACAUUCAGAAGAACAACGGCAGGGUGGUGGCGCCGCACGAGCGCGGCAGGAACUUUGUGCCGCGCCGCGGCAGCGCGGCGGCCGGCGCCGCUGCCGGCCAGGGCGGCGCCGUCCGCCAGCACGGCCCCGGCUCGGGCGUGUCCACUCCGACGAGCAGUACGGGCGCACCGGAGCCGCGCUUCGUGGCGGCUCCGGCCCGGCCGCAGCGGCUCCUCCACUCGGAGGCCUACAUCAGGUACAUUGAGACGCUGCAGCCGGAGCGGGCGUCGGUGCCUCAGCAGCAGGGCGGCUGGGAGCGCCAGCUGCACGCCACGCCCGAAACCACGCCGGUACCCGACACGGCCCGGCUGCCCACCCACUGGCUGGCCGACGGACUGGCCGACAGCACAUCCGUGGUCAAGACGCUCUGGCACCUCCGCGACUACCUGAUGAAGGAUGCGCUGGGAAUAUCGCGCGCCUACGAGGGACGCCUCUGAGCAGCCGCUGAGCGGGGAGAGGGGCAGAGGGCUCGUGGGGAGCGAGAGACAAGGAAGUGGACUCGGAGUAAAGAGUGGGAGAAAAGUAGAAUGACAGAUGGAUAGACCUGGAGAGACUUUUAAGAAGCUCUGGAGGUUGGAGUUUAAGUUAGCGACCCUUCUAUCAAAACUCGAGCGCCGAUCAUCAUGCGAUGCGUUGUGAAGCAGAACUCACGUUGACGCGCUGAUCAUGUCUGGAUAAAAUCUGUUCCAACACGGAGCUCAUUACGUGAGUCGUGAUCCCGUCCGCUGACAUCUGGUGAUUUCGGUGGUUGGCUGGGUCCGCGGUGAGCGCUCCCUCUCCGGUCCUCUGCUUACAGUGUCGCCGUUCUGCACCACUCUGUGUGCAGAUCGUCGGCGUGCCUCUGAUCUCUGAACUGUAUGCGUGCCGUGUGUGUCGUGAGUGGUGUUCGUCUAAGAGUGUCUGUCAGGAGCCUUGGGCUUCCGUCGUCCGGGGUUUGGUCUGUUACCGUCUGUCUAAACCAGCACCGCUUUGCUGAGGCGUCCUCCGGGAAGGUCAGUGGAUUCAGCCGUCCCGAGUACGAAUGAUGCGAGUCGUGGGGCACGCUCUGUGCCGUGGUGUGUGUCUGUCUGUGUAUCGUGGGCCCUCGUAUUCUCGCUGUUCACCGUGGACAGAGCUGCGCGGUGGACUGUCCACUGUGGACGUUAGGACGGAGAUCCUUGGACCCGAUGGUGGCGGACUAAGGUAGCUCUGAUGGCGGCCAGUGACGCCCAAUGGGGAACCCUGGGACCCUAUGACGUCGUCUGUGACGCCCUCGGGCAUUCUGCUCCUGUCACGCCGCGAGUGAGCCGCGUCGCCCGGGGUUCUUUUUCACGUGUUCCGUCUCAAAGUUGUGACGUACAAACGGCGGCACGCUCCCGCCAUCCUCUUACAUGUUCGCGCCAAAAGCAAUACACACACGCAUUCUCGUUUC